GCCCUCCCCCGCUCGCCGCUGCUCCCCUCCCCGCGGCGGCGGGGGCAAUGCCUCCCGCAUACGUGAUGAAGUGAGCGGCCGGGCUGAGCCGUGAGCCCGGGCGCCUCCGCACUGCAGCCCCCUCCCACCGGCGGCGGCGGGGGGCGGCGCGGGGACGCGGCUGGCUGCGGAGAGCGGAGCUCGCAGCUCCCGGGCAGCGGCGGGCAGCCGGCGCCAUGCUGAACAACCUGGCCGACUGCGAGGACGGCGACGGCGGCGCCAGCCAAGGAGAUGGCAAUCCCAAGGAGAGCAGCCCCUUCAUCAAUAGCACAGAUCUGGAGAAGGGAAAAGAGUACGAUGGCAAGAACAUGGCCCUCUUUGAGGAGGAGAUGGACACCAGCCCCAUGGUCUCGUCCCUGCUGAGUGGGCUGGCCAACUACACCAACCUGCCGCAGGGGAGCCGGGAGCACGAGGAGGCCGAGAACAAUGACGGGGGCAAGAAGAAGCCGGUGCAGGCCCCACGGAUGGGCACCUUCAUGGGCGUCUACCUGCCCUGUCUCCAGAACAUCUUUGGGGUCAUUCUUUUCCUGCGCCUCACCUGGGUGGUGGGGAUUGCCGGCAUCAUGGAGUCCUUCUGCAUGGUCUUCCUCUGCUGCUCUUGCACGAUGCUGACGGCCAUUUCCAUGAGCGCGAUCGCCACCAACGGUGUGGUGCCAGCGGGUGGAUCCUACUACAUGAUCUCGCGCUCCCUGGGACCUGAGUUUGGUGGGGCCGUAGGGCUCUGCUUCUACCUGGGCACCACCUUUGCCGGCGCCAUGUACAUCCUGGGCACCAUCGAAAUCCUGCUGGCCUACAUCUUCCCAGCUAUGGCCAUCUUCAAGGCAGAGGACGCCAGCGGCGAGGCAGCAGCGAUGCUCAACAACAUGCGUGUGUACGGCACCUGUGUGCUGACCUGCAUGGCCACGGUGGUGUUUGUGGGGGUCAAGUACGUCAACAAGUUUGCCCUGGUCUUCCUGGGCUGCGUCAUCCUCUCCAUCCUUGCUAUCUAUGCUGGUGUCAUCAAGUCAGCCUUCGACCCGCCGAGCUUCCCGAUCUGCCUCCUGGGCAACAGAACCCUCUCACGCCACGGCUUCGACCUCUGCACCAAGGUGGUGAUGGAGGGGAACGAGACGGUGGGCUCCAAGCUCUGGGAGCUCUUCUGCACCUCCCGCUUCCUCAAUGCCACCUGUGAUGAGUACUUCACCAUGAACAACGUGACCGAGAUCGAGGGCAUCCCUGGUGCCGCCAGUGGCCUUAUCCAAGAGAACCUCUGGAGCUCGUACCUGACCAAGGGUGUGAUUGUGGAGAAGCGGGGGCUGCCCUCUGUGAGCACCCCUGACACACCGGUGGACAUGGACCAGCCCUACGUCUUCAGCGACAUGACUUCUUACUUCACGCUGCUUGUCGGCAUCUACUUCCCCUCGGUCACAGGCAUCAUGGCCGGCUCCAACCGCUCCGGAGACCUGCGGGACGCCCAGAAGUCCAUCCCCACAGGCACCAUCCUGGCCAUCGCCACCACCUCUGCUGUCUAUAUCAGCUCUGUCGUCCUUUUCGGGGCGUGCAUUGAGGGGGUCGUCCUGCGUGACAAGUUUGGUGAAGCUGUGAAUGGGAACCUGGUGGUUGGCACCCUGGCAUGGCCAUCCCCAUGGGUCAUUGUCAUCGGCUCCUUCUUCUCCACGUGUGGGGCUGGGCUGCAGAGCCUCACAGGAGCCCCCCGCCUCCUGCAAGCCAUCUCCAGGGAUGGGAUCGUGCCUUUCCUCAGGGUCUUCGGCCACGGCAAAGCCAAUGGGGAGCCAACAUGGGCACUGCUGCUUACAGCCUGCAUCUGCGAGAUCGGGAUCCUGAUCGCCUCCCUGGACGAGGUGGCUCCCAUCCUCUCCAUGUUUUUCCUCAUGUGCUACAUGUUUGUCAACCUGGCAUGUGCAGUGCAGACGCUGCUGCGAACGCCCAACUGGCGGCCCCGGUUCCGCUACUACCACUGGACCCUGUCAUUCCUGGGCAUGAGCCUCUGCCUGGCGCUGAUGUUCAUCUGCUCCUGGUACUAUGCCCUGGUCGCCAUGCUCAUCGCUGGCCUCAUCUACAAAUACAUCGAGUACCGUGGGGCGGAGAAGGAGUGGGGAGACGGGAUCCGGGGGCUGUCCCUGAGCGCGGCCCGCUAUGCCCUGCUGCGGCUGGAGGAGGGACCCCCCCACACCAAGAACUGGAGGCCGCAGCUGCUGGUCCUGGUCCGCGGAGAUCAGGAGCAGAACGUGGUGCACCCCCAGCUCCUGUCCUUCACGUCGCAGCUCAAAGCUGGCAAGGGCCUCACCAUCGUGGCCUCCGUGCUGGAAGGGACCUUCCUGGACAACCACCCACAGGCACAGAGGGCAGAGGAGUCCAUCCGCCGCCUGAUGGAAGCAGAGAAGGUGAAGGGCUUCUGCCAGGUCGUGAUCUCCUCCAACCUGCGGGAUGGGAUGUCCCACCUCAUCCAGUCCAGCGGGCUGGGGGGGCUGCAGCACAACACGGUGCUGGUGGGGUGGCCCCGCAGCUGGCGCCAGAAGGAGGAUCACCAGACCUGGAGGAACUUCAUUGAGCUGGUGCGAGAGACCACGGCCGGGCACCUGGCCCUGCUGGUGGCCAAGAACGUCGCCAUGUUCCCGGGCAACCAGGAGCGGUUCUCUGAGGGCCACAUCGACGUCUGGUGGAUUGUGCAUGACGGGGGGAUGCUCAUGCUGCUGCCCUUCCUCCUGCGGCACCACAAGGUCUGGCGCAAGUGCAAGAUGCGCAUCUUCACGGUGGCGCAGAUGGACGACAACAGCAUCCAGAUGAAGAAGGACCUGACCACGUUCCUGUACCACCUCCGCAUCACUGCGGAGGUGGAGGUGGUGGAGAUGCACGAGAGCGACAUCUCUGCCUACACCUAUGAGAAGACUCUGGUGAUGGAGCAGCGCUCCCAGAUCCUCAAGCAAAUGCACCUCACCAAGAACGAGCGGGAGCGGGAGAUCCAGAGCAUCACGGACGAGUCCCGCGGCUCCAUCCGGCGCAAGAACCCAGCCAACACGCGCCUGCGCCUGAGCGUUCCCGAGGAGCAGGGGGGCGACGGCGAGGAGAAGCCGGAGGAGGAGGUCCAGCUCAUCCAUGACAAAAACGCCACCACCUUCUCCAGCAGCUCCCAGUCCCCCGGUGACGAGGUGGAGACGGCCCCUGAGAAGGUGCAUCUCACCUGGACCAAGGAGAAGUCUGUUGCUGAGAAGAACAAGAGCAAGAGCCCCGUCAGCCCUGAGGGCAUCAAGGACUUCUUCAACAUGAAGCCGGAGUGGGAGAACCUGAACCAGUCCAACGUGCGGAGGAUGCACACGGCCGUGAAGCUCAACGAGGUGAUUGUGAAGAAGUCCCAGGACGCCAAGCUGGUCCUGCUGAACAUGCCAGGGCCUCCCCGCAACCGGAAAGGGGAUGAGAACUACAUGGAGUUCCUGGAGGUGCUGACGGAGCACCUGGACCGAGUGCUCCUGGUGCGCGGUGGGGGCCGGGAGGUCAUCACCAUCUACUCCUGAGGCACGGUGCGAGAGGUUUGUCUGCACGCUGAGAGCCCCGCCACCCCCUUGCACCGCGCGCCGGAGGGAAGGCCGGAUGGCAGCCGGUGCACAGAAACUUCACCUGGCUUUGGCCGUGCCCCUGAUCUCUCCAUUCGAACUGCAGCACCAGAUCUUCCGGGAGCAUCCAGCACCAGAGCAGCUGUUCCUCAUUGCAACAUCACAGCACUGCUGUCCUUGUUUAUAUAUAAAUAUAUACAGUGUACCGCGGACCGA